AUGGCGCGCCACGGCAACAGCCAUGCCUCCGUGGACAGUCUGCUGCUGGGCAGCGUCGUAGAAGGCUACGGCUCUUUCAGCGCACGUCUGAAUCCUGAGUCCAGCAAGCAUACUUACCAGACAUCACCUCCUACGGCGACGAAUACUUCACAGAAAAAGCCGAGAAGUCGAAAACAACCACGAGAAGCGGACCAUCUACCCCUUAACACUACAGCACCCCACCCAAAGCAGCCGCGAGCAUCUCCUGCAACCUCUACUGCUAUAAGACGGGCUGAUCUAGAGACGUUAUCUGGCAGCAUCGAGGCGCCUAUUAAUCCUAUUGAUUACUGGCGGAGAGAACAAAGGUGGCCUAAGGAAUACUUUAAGCCAGAUAUAAUAAGUUAUCUAUUUGCAAGGAUAAGGUAUAUAGAAGAAAACAAAGAGGGCAUUAUAGAGGAAAGCAGAAACCUUUGCCGAACCCUACUAGAGACGGAACAAAUAGUCCCUAAGAAUUCCUUAUUUAAGGAUAAACUUUUCCAGGAUACCUGCAAAAUGCUGCAGGACCGGAAUAAAGCAAAGGUUACCCAAGAUAUUUCUUACGCCAAGUAUAGCGCUAAACAUCUCCAAUAUCUAAUUAAAACUAUAUAUUAUAUAUACUUUCUAUUCCUUACCUGUAAGAAUAUACACAGCAUAAUACUUAUAGUAAGGGCUAUUAUUAAGCUCUUCCGGCUUGUUAAGCGCGAGAAGGAAAUCUAUUGGGAAAUCCUCGCCUUCUCGGUCUUGUAUAAUAAUUACUUAGUCCAGAUCUACGGCCACUAUACUGUUAUUAGUAGGGCCAAAACUACCUUCUACUGCCACCUAAUCCGCGAGUUUAGCUUUCAGGAAAUAGAUAGGAAAGAGAAGUAG